AUGCCUUGUGCCGGGAACGCCAAAGAAUUCUGUGGAGACGGCAACAGACUGAGUGUCUACUCUAACAGUACUGCUAACCUCACCGUAUACGCCGUUCCAAAAGUGCAAACGACUGGAUUACCCAACAAUUGGCAGUACGUUGGAUGCCUUAGUGACGACGCUCCAGGCGGCGUGAGGGCGCUUCCCUACCAGCUUAUUUUGAACAACAACAACACAGCGAACAACUGUAUUAGUCAAUGCUCCGCCUUUGGGUAUGCUUAUGGCGGACUCGAAUACGGCAACGAGUGCUAUUGCGGUGACUUGGGGGAUAUCCAAACCGCAAAUGCUGCUAGCGCUCCUGAGUCGGAUUGCUCAGUAUUUUGCUCGGGAAAUGCGACAACGCUUUGUGGAGGAUCCCGUCGUCUUUCGCUGUACAAGUGGACGGGUCCAAAUCUUGCUAAAUGGAAUUACGCAUCCGGAAAUGCUGCGGGAGCAUACCAAUUCUUGAUUGGCGGCGUAGUUGUCCCUCUUGUCACUCAAGCUGCGCGAAACGGCAAGGUUACUUUCCUCGAAAAAUCCGGAACAGGACCUCCAAACUCGACCGGUGCCUACGAACUAGACAUCGCCCAGCUUAAUAAUUUCACCGGCGCCUGGCGACCGAUGCAUGUAAAGACCGAUGUCUUCUGCUCCGCUUCUCUUACAUUACCGGAUAAAGCAGGUCGUCAGCUCAAUGUCGGAGGAUGGGCUCUAGAUGCCACUUAUGGGGUUCGCCUUUACUGGCCAGAUGGCUCUCCUGGCCACUGGGGACAGAAUGACUGGCAGGAGAACGUAAAGGUGCUUAAGCUACAGAAUGGAAGAUGGUAUCCGACUGCAAUGAUCAUGGCAAAUGGUACCAUUCUAGUUGUUGGUGGCGAAGAAGGGUCAAAUGGAGCCGCGAUUCCUACACUGGAAAUCUUACCAACACAGGGGCCUGUGGUAUACGCCGACUACCUGAGGCGCACGGAUCCCAACAAUCUGUACCCUUUCCUAGCGGUCUUGCCCAGCGGCGGCAUCUUCAUACAGUAUUACAACGAAGCCGCCAUACUCGACGAAGUCACUUUACAGGUCAAGCAGCAACUACCCAACGUUCCUGCCGCCGUGAACAGACCGGACGGGGGGAGAACGUAUCCCAAUGAGGGCACUGCCGUCCUAUUACCACAGACUGCGCCAUACACAGCUCCGCUCAAAGUUCUCAUCUGCGGUGGUUCAACGCCUUACCAAGGGUUCGCGCUCGACAAUUGCGUGACCAUAGCCCCAGACGUCCCGAACGCAAACUGGACACUCGAACGCAUGGUAAGCCCGUCCACCCCCCCUUCUUCACAACCAUCUCAAAGUAACACCGAGCAGCCCUCCAAGCGCGUAAUGUCCUGCAUGGUCGCCCUCCCAGACGGCACCUACCUCAUCCUCAACGGCGCCCACCAAGGCCAAGCCGGCUUCGGCCAGGGCUCCGACCCCAACCUCAACGCCGUCCUCUACGACCCCACGCUCCCCCUAAACAACCGCUUCACCGUCCUGGCAAACACAACCGUCGCCCGCAUGUACCACUCCGAAGCCAUCCUCAUGGACGACGGCCGCGUUCUGGUUUCGGGAUCCGACCCCGAAGACGACCGCUUCCCGCAGGAGUACCGCGUAGAGGUGUUCAUCCCGCCGUACCUCAUGGGUAGCCCCGUACAACCCGUCGUUACACUCCCUUCAGCACAGUCGGACUGGGUGUAUAGCGGGACUUACACGUUUACUGUUGACCAGCCCAUCGCCCGGGUAUCUCUUCUCGGCGCAACGGGGUCCACGCACGGGAACAGCAUGGGGCAGCGUACGCUGUUCCCAGCCUUUGCGUGCAGCGGUACAUCGUGCACUGUUACGGCGCCGCCGGACAAGUACACGUGUCCGCCGGGGUGGUUCCAGCUGUACGCGCUGAGUGCGACAGGCGUGCCGAGUAAGGCGGUGUGGGUGAGGAUUGAAGGGGAUCCGGCGCAAUUGGGGAACUGGCCGGCUCAGGGAGGGUUCAAGCUUCCGGGGGUGUAG